AUGCCUGCUGUGCUUGCUGCCAGGCUCUCCAUCAUAAUGAGGACCGGUUGGGGUCCUCAAGCGGCUUUUGAAGUUCUCGCGCUCUGGUCUGCCGCGUCUGAGGUGCUGAAGAAGUCGGAAAACUCUCCCCGCUCCCCUACUCAGUUUGGCCCUGUUGGCGCGAGGCAGCCCAGUUCUCGCGAGGAAGCCUUUCUUCGCCCUGUUCGCUCAAGGCGUAGGUCCCGGCUUGUUUUCUCGAGGCAGCGUUCCGGCCCUGUUCACUUGAGGUUCACAAAAAUGGAUGCAAACAAUCCCACAACUCUGAUGGAUCUUGCUAUACAGUGUUUGCUGAGACAUGAGUCUGCAGCAAUCCAAGCUCUGGAGAAUAUUCCAAGAUAUUUUUUUAUUCCAUUGUUCAUUGCUGCCUUCAAGGGUGGGCAUAUGAAUAUAUUGAGUGAGAUGGUGAAAGUUUGGCCCUUUUACUGUCUCCAUCUUGGGACAUUAACUGUACGGGAGCCUCAUCGUGAACUCCUGAAAGCCAUGAUUGAGAAUCUUCCAGUAUAUCCUGCAAAGAACUCUGCUUCUCGGAAACCUAAACUGAGGAUCUUAGAUUUAAGGCGAGACAUUGCCUGUAGGAUCACAUGCCCUGAAGUCAGCAUCGAAUCACCUUUCUGUUUACAUGCUUGCACUUAUUCUGACCAGUCUGUCAAAAAAAUGGAAGGACAGCUUCGUUUUACAGAUUUAGAGUCCAUUAUUCGCUUACCCCUGGGGCCUGUCGAAUUACUAGUGGAUUUUUCCCUACGUAGCUCCUUAAUGGAAAAGGAAUUUUUGGUUUUGCUUGUGAGGAAAAUUGUGGAGAGUUUAGGGGCUUUGAACAUAUACCGGCGGGAUUUGCAAGUUGUUAAAUUGGGUGACCGCAGACACACCCGGAGAUUUCUUGAUUUCAACUGUGUUAAUUGGCUGUCAGUUAAUAAGGGUUCCCUGAGUCAUACCACCAACAUCCCGUCUCAGAUGAGCCACCUAAAGAGCCUUAGUCUGCUUAAAGUCCCUUUUAGAUCUCUGAGUCGGAAAGUCUUUAAAAAUUUCCAUAAUCAUUUGCAACGUAUGGAAAACCUUAAGGAACUCAACUUGUCUUCAUUCUGUCUCAAAACCCAUCUGGACAGCAGGCGCAGAGUUCUGCCACCUAACCUGGAUUUUUUGUAUCUGUCAUUCUGUAAUAUAUCCUACAGAGACUUCAGAUUUCUAGCCCAGUGCCCUCAGGUUUGCCAACUAAAGAUGUUGAAUCUUAGUAACAAUGCAAUGUAUUGGGAUGACUUUGAGCCCUUUCAAACUCUUCUGUUAAAUCUCUCUGGUACUCUUAAGCAUCUAGAGAUAAAUUAUUACCUUAUAAAUGAUUCUGCAAUCUCUAUUCUUAUCCCUGCCCUAAUUUCUGGUACUCAUCUCUAUAUCCUGGUCUUUGCUUCUAACCCCAUCACAAUGCCUAUGCUUAUGAAUAUCAUGCGUAGUUUAACACCCUUGAUUAAACUAAAAUAUGUGAUUUAUCCUAUCCCUAUACAUUUCUAUGAACGAUGGGAUUUUCUGGGCAGUUUAGACCGACGGAGGCUUGCUAUUUUACAAGUACAACUGAAGGCGAUGCUACAGGUUGCAGGGAGACGUGACAUGAAAUGGAUCACUUACCCAGAGUAA